AUGCAAACUUUUGUACUUGGCAAGAUGAUGGAAGAGGGAAUUCCUGUGCAUCUCACUGUAAGUUUUGCUGGGUUUAUUGCCAUGAACUCGAUCUCCAGUGCGGUUUCAAUUAUUAGUAGCAAACACUCAGCGCUCGCGGAAGUUCUACUCGACUCGCUGUUCGAUCUUGGCGCCACAGUGUUGCUUCCCAUCUUGUUACUGGCUUAUUGCUCGUACACGUUUGACUACGACCACGAUACGUUUCACAUUUACAUGAAAUUGAUGCCCGUCGGAAGCUUUGAAAGGCGCGCACGAAUGUUCGCGAACCCGACAGAGAUCGAGCUCUUCCGGGUGUCUUUUGGCUCUCUUCGUAUUCGAUCGGCACCUGAUCUUCUCCUUCGGAUUGGUAUGAAUCUAGGGUUUUCGUAUCGUUUUAAGCGCGUUGUGGAUGUUCUUAUUCAAAUGCAGACGGAUAAAAUGCUGGAGCAACAUAAACACCCAAAACCUGUAGUGAAAAUAUCAUCUACAGUGCUGGCAUUAUCUGGGGAUGCAGUGGCUUACCAGAAAUCCGUCCCAAGAUCCAUCGCUCUUCUUUUCGCCGCCUUCAGCCUUGGUAUUCUCUUUGUGACACACAAAGCUAUUACAACGUCCCAGACGAUCUGCAGACCUCAUCCAGAGUGCGUCGUAUUUGCCUAUCGGUGGUACUACUCCGAAUUUUGUCCAUGCAAGGCACUUGUCACUGGAAAUCGUGCUCCCUACGAGUGGACGCAUCCAAUCGACGCAACCAACAUGGUGAAAGCACUGACAGCAGCAGGAACAUUGGAAACGCUGCAGCUUAUCAAUCGACAACUGACUCGGUUUCCAGAUGAGCUCCGCAGCUGCCACAAUCUCAAGUAUUUAUCCAUCGUCAACUGCGCCAUUGAGGAGUUGCCCAUCUGGGCGAAGGAAUUCCACAAUCUCGAGUUUCUGUAA